UUGCGACGGACGGCCAGGCACAUCUCCACCAGUGGAACGUCCGGCUGGGAACGCACGCCACGACGGAGACGGACGAGAGGAUAGACGGACGGACGGACGAACGGACGGACGGACGGGCGGGCGGGCGGACGAACGGACGGGUUGCUAGGGAAGCGAUUGGCCCGCAGCAGCGACGUUCCACGUUUCCGCGACGUAACCGUCGACGAGGUGCUAUCGGAGAUUCGUGACCGUAAGCAAAUCCGGUCGCGGUUGUCAGGUGGAGGCGCGGAGCGUAGGCGGUAACCGCAGAGCGGCGACAUUGCCGACGGUUACCGACGGUUACCGACGAUACCGACGGAGAGAGGGGGCGCUGGCGUCGCUACUGAAUUUCGCUACGGUGCGUUACGUUGGCGGCCCUGCGCGAUCUGAUUGUUCGUUCCAGAAGUUUCAAAUUUUCGCGACGCGACGAGCCCGCCAGUUGAUUCGCGCGCGUUGUUCGUUUUUCUGGGGGGACUCUCGCGCGGGGUAGAAGCUCCGCUCGAGAGUUUAUCGCGCGAUUACGUUGCUGCGGGACGAGGAAGGUAAUCGCGAGCGACGAGACGCGGCGAGGAACGGCGAUGGAGUCCGACGACGAGGACAUGUUCGCUAUCAGCGACGAUGAGACGGCGAUGCCGGCGCCGGCGGCGCCGGUGAAUCCCGUCGAGGAGCACCUGCUGCAGGUCCUCGCCGAUGUCCAGAACAGAAUUGACGUCACGGCGAGCGAGGUCGCCCUGAGGCGGGCGAACACCGCGUGCGUUUUGAACGCCCUGGAGCGGCGCGCGGUCUACGCGGAGGACGCGAGCUCGGACUCGGACCGCGAGUUGUACACCGCUGAAGGAGAACCCGUGAUUAAGAGACAGAGACACAGCAGGACCAGCAGCAGGGAGAAGGUUUUGGAGCUGAUCUCGCAGUGGCAGUGCGUACUCCAGAAUAAGUGGAUUAUCGGAGUGGAACUGGUCAACAGAUCUUGUUGCACGUUGCUCAACCCCAGAUAUUAUCCGCACAUGUUACCUACGCGGGACGAGGAGAGUUUCGGCGAGUCGACAUUCUGGAAAGGGGAACGUUCCUUAUGCACGGAAAAGGUCCAUUCGAUCCAACCCGGAGCCGUCGUGGCGACACUGGUGCUCGAUCUACCGAUGUUCGAUCAGGGACCUGUCGUCAAGUGCUUGGGUCUAAUCUCGUACGAGAUCAAUGAGACACAAUUCCAAGUCCCAGUGCCGCCUAUUCACCUCUCCAUCGGCGAAACGAUCGAUCGUUCGUGUAUAAAGUUCUUGGACGAGAACGACAAUGGUGCGAUAUUAGCCCUGAAAAGCACGUCUGCCAUAGAGAGGAUCGUCAACGUUCAAUUCACAAGCCGUCAAGAUGAUCAAACCGGGUUCGGCAAUCAACUCUUUCGCUUUUUCACCGCGAAGAUAUUCAUAAAGAUUCGCGACAACGUAUUCUGGGUGAAGGAACACGGUUCCCUGAUGUACUGUUUGGUCGAGAUACAAUCGAUCGAUGCCGACAAGGCAACUAUCAGGAUCUUUGCCAGAUCUGUCAAUCAGUUUAACAUAAUAUUGCAUCUUCUGCAAGACGAAUUUUCGGUUGUGUCUGUUGCGGAGGAGACCGAUGACUGCGUCGAGGCUGCGAUGGCUCUGAUACGCGAGUUAGAGAUGAUUCGCGAGAACAAAAGCAGCCACGAGAUACAAGAAGCAAGAAUGAUAACAGACUUACUCAUUCCUUAAGUUCCGUUCUGUUGCCGUUUAUAAAAGAUACUCUUGUAUCGAUAUCCAAUGUAAUAUAAUUACGUUGCUGUAUAGGGACAUAUUAAGUUUAAAAAUAUAUACCGAAAGAGCCAAAUAUUGUUGAGAAAUGAUGUAGCAAUAUAUCAUACGGAAAACUAACGUCGACGAGAGAGAAACAGCUGCAUUAAACAAAGAUUUCCAUUGUUUUGUCUCAAUUUUUCAUCCAUCACUUUUAGAGUUGUAGUUAUUGAAUUAAAAUUGAUAUAUCAAGCCAA